AUGACUUCCCCCCAGGGAGAGGUCUCUGCCAACGAGACGCGGGAUGUCGAGAAGGUCUCAUCGGUGUUCCAAGAAACUUCUCCCAUGCUGCUCUCCGAAGAGCAAGCCCUCGCCAAAGCGAGAAGCAGCCCGAGCGAUGCCUACCCGAUCCUCAUCACGUACGCCACUGAUGACCACGACAAUCCGAGGAAUUGGCCCAAAUGGCGCAAAUGGUAUAUCACCUGUUUAGUUAGCAUGCUCAAUGUUAUCACAUGUUGGUGCGCAGGAGGCAUCUCAUCAGGCGCCAAGGGAAUCCAAGAGGAGUUUGGCGUCUCGAGUGAGGUCACCACCUUGUGUCUGUCACUGUACGUCUUGGGGUUUGCCAUUGGCCCCGUCCUCCUCGCUCCGCUUUCCGAGUACUUUGGACGCCAGCCCGUCUAUGUGGUGUCGUGGUUCCUCCUGUUUAUCUUCCAGCUUCCUCUCGCCAAGGCUCCCAACAUUGGCACUGUGCUGGUGUGCCGAUUUCUCGCGGGUUGUGCAGGAGGCGCCCCGUUGGCCAACACCGGCGGUAGUAUCAGUGACUUGUGGGAACGAAAUGAGAGCGGAGGCCCCAUGGCCGUUUAUGGUCUUAGCAGCACAUUUGGCCCCCCCAUGGCCCUGGUGGUCACGGGCUAUAUCGGGCAGAACGCGGGGUGGCGGAUGAUCUUUUGGGUCUUGAUGGCCAUCACGGGUGGCGUAUGGAUCCUCUUGGUCCUCACCGUCCCCGAAACCCGUCACACAACCAUCUUGCAGAAAAAGGCACAGCGGGCGUGCAAACAGAUGCACAAGGAGAAUCUGCGAUCGGCGGAAUCGACGACCGAUGUCAACGCCAGUGAGCGGAAAGGGUUACACCAGCUGUUUGCCAUCACCCUCACGCGACCCUUCCGCUUUCUCAUCUCCGAGCCAAUCACCACCUUCUCCGCCAUUUACAAUGGCUUUCUCUACGGGCUCGUUUAUCUCUUCAACGAGGCCAUCCCUCUCGUCUUUGGUGCGCCCAAGGGGCAUCCCUUCAGCGGGGGCGAGCAGGGGCUUGCCUUCCUCGGCAUGGCGCUCGGCCCCAUUAUUGCCUUCUGCUUUUACCCGCUCCAAGAGCGAUACUACCUCCGUCGGGUCGCCGAGAACGGAGGCAAGGGAGUGCCCGAGGCGCGGAUGUGGAUGGCCCGGGGCGGGGCCAUGCUCAUCCCCAUCAGUUUGUUCUGGUUUGGAUGGACCAGUUACCGUUCGGUUCACUGGAUCGUGCCGAUCAUCGCCUCCUCCUUCUUCGGAGCCGGGAUCUACAUCGUCAUUCUCAGCAUCCUCAAUUAUGUCGUGGACAGCUAUCAAACCUAUUCGGCCUCUGCGCUUGCUGGUGUGAUUUUGGUCCGCAACAUAGUGGGGGCGGGCUUUCCCCUGUUCGCCAGCCAGAUGUAUGAGAAGCUGGACUAUGAAUGGGCGUCCAGUCUGCUGGGCUUCCUCUCCAUCCUGCUUGUGCCCAUUCCUUUCAUCUUUUUCUAUCACGGCAAAGCCAUUCGGCUGCGGAGUCCUUGGGCCCGAGAGCAUUUUGAUCAGACUGCGGACAACCCUCACUGA